AUGCAGCAAACCUCUGGUAUCGCACGACCUGCAGCAAAGACCACUGGUACCAGCAAGGUUCCUGCCAGACUGCCAGUUUCCAAUGACAGACCACAACCCACCCAUUCGCCCAUUGAAGGAAUCGCAUCCUCACGCGGCCGAACACUCCUCCCACAGCGCAGCAAUACCGGUCGAGAUGAAAGCCAUGAAAGCCAUGAAACCCAGAGCGCUGGGCAACCGUCAUUCCAGCCACCUGAGAAUAAACCUGUGCGCGAAAUCUCACCAAAGAGACAGCAAACUGUAAGCGACACGAAAAAAGCGUCAGCGACGACUGCCACCGCUCCGGUGCCCACCCGUCGCCAGAGCCUAAUGCGGCCCGGCACAUCCAGAGUCACUCCGAUCUCGACCUCAAGCAGGGGCAAUGUACCUAACUCUACAAAAUCUCCGCUCUCGAUAGCGCCGCCAUCGCCGCGCAAACAGCCUACAACUCGAACACCUGCGCAACCUGCACCGAGACCCGCUUCCCCUAAAAAGACGACCAUGCCUCCACCGCCACGGCCUGUACGCUCAGCUUCUCUGAGACAACCCCCAAAUAACACGAGACCAGGAGCGGGGCCACAAGUUGAAACCAGAGGCCAUACGCGACAUCGGAGCCAGAUGGUGCCGGGGACCGUGAAGAAGACUCAGACCGACUCUGCAACUGCCGCCACGACACAGAAAGCUAAGACACAAUUUUCAACCUACCAGCAACAUUACUCUCCCAAAAAGCCGGCAGUCAAGCCUCCGACACCUACUCCUGGCACUCAUUCGACCUCAGCGGCAGAUGGUUUGCUUAUUCCAGCGUCGUGGCCGGAUAUUGCAGCCUUACAAACCGAGCUUCUUCAGCUUAGCCUUUUACAUUCCAACUCCCUUCAGCGACAAGCGGAUUGGAAGGUAGAAUCGGAAACACAGUUGCGCAAGAAGUACGAUGCUGUGGCAGAUCAAUACCGGUCUACAUUAGACGAUGAAAAACAGCGACAAACUCAUAUCAAUAUGCAAGCUCUCGGAUACUGGGCCCAGAACUGCCAGGGUCACCAUGGCUCCAGUGACUUCUCCGAACAGAUUCAGAUCCUGUCGCAAAUAAUACAAGAGGUAUCCGACCUCGCUGCCCAAGGAGGGCAUGGCCGAUAUACCCGAGCGGUCGAAACCUUUGAGGCCUGGUUUUAUGAUGCAGAGAAUAUUCGAUCCCACAGGGAGUCGUCGGGCAUCGCCGAUCGCGUUGUCUUCAUCAACCCAUUGGAUCUGACUUGGAAGGAAGAGUUGCAUACCCUGAAGGCGAAACUGGAUCUUUGCAUGCGGCAGCUUGGAAGUCUUGAUGUCCAAGCUUUUACCGGGGUCGAGGGUCUAGAGCAAUCGGCCCUGGUGCGGGUGACACAGGGCCUGUAUGAAUCUACCCAGCUUAUGAUUCAAGAGAUACACGCCAUGCGAACCACUGAGAGCGAAAUUGUCCGCGUAGAGCGAGAGCAGGUCAGUCAACUAGCCACUGGGCUGGCCAAUGUUCAUCGAGGAACGUUGCAACCACGGGCAGGGCUUUGGAGGUCAUGA